CGGUCGGAGACUCAUCGGAGCAGGACAUAGCACCAGUGGAGCGGAGAGGAGGAGGACAGAGGGAAAAAGAACAACUGGUUUUGUUUUGUUUUGUUUUUUACUUCUACGUGGUUUUAUGCAGCUUUGGAGACGUGAAAAGGGGGAAUUACGCACGGACGCAUUGAUCCAAACCGGUGCGGAUGACCAAAACGCGCCACGACGCAAAGUUUGUUGGUGGGAUUUGAUUCGUCCCAGCAACAUUUAGCCUCACAGCGGAUACGAACCAAAAGCAGGGACAUCAUGCCACGGCGCACAGUGCAAGAAGUAACAGUGCAGGACGUGCAGAAGAGGAGAAACCCGAGCAAGCACUACGUGUAUAUCAUCAAAGUGUCUUGGAGCGAUGGCAGCACGGACACCAUUUUCAGACGCUACAGCAAGUUCUUCGACCUCCAGAUGGAGUUGCUGGAUAAAUUCCCGGUGGAAGGUGGACAGAAAGACCCCAAGAGGAGAAUCAUUCCUUUUCUGCCAGGUAAAAUCCUGUUCAGGAGAAGUCACAUCAGGGACGUGGCCAUGAAGAGGCUCAGACCCAUCAACGAGUACUGCAGGGCCCUGAUCCAGCUGCCCGUCUACAUCUCUCAGUGUGAGGAGGUGCGAGUGUUUUUUGAGACCAGAUCAGAGGACCUUAAUCCACCCAAGGAGGAACCGCUUGGAAGAAAAAAAUCAGGGAUUGUGGAGCGAGCGACUACUUUCCUAAAGCGAGGUAGAGACUCAACUUCAGUCGACGCUCUCCUGUUGGAUCAGUACGUCGCAGUUACUGAUUAUGAGAAGCAGGAGAGCUCCGAGAUCAGUCUCCAUGUGGGACAGGUGGUGGAGGUCAUCGAGAAGAACGAAUCCGGCUGGUGGUUCGUGAGCUCCGAGGACGCUCAGGGCUGGGUCCCGGCCACCUGCCUCGAGGCCCAGGACGACCCAGAUGACUUCACCAUCCCCGGGGAGGAGGAAGAGAAAUACUCGGUGAUUUACCCGUACACAGCUCGGGACCAGGAUGAGAUUGACCUGGAGAGGGGGAUGGUGGUGGAGGUGGUGCAGAAGAAUCUGGAAGGCUGGUGGAAAAUUAGGUACCAGGGUCGUGAGGGCUGGGCGCCGGCCUCGUACCUGAAAAAGGUCGACAUCCAGAGUCAGAAACAUUCGGGAGGAGCCGCGGUUCACUCCAGCACCAACGACCUGGACGGAUACACCAGACAAAACCACCAAAACAAUGCUCUCAAAGACAACCGCGACAACAACCACAAGGAGAACCGCCUCUCCUUCUUCUCCGACAGCAAGAACAAGGUGGGAUUAAGACACAGACCUCCUCCUCGCAGAGAUCUCACUAUUCCUCGUGGUACAAACCUGCCCAAACCUCCAGUGCCCCCUCAAGUCGAGGAGGAGUACUACACCAUCGCAGACUUCCAGACCACCAUUCCAGACGGGAUCAGCUUCACGGCUGGUAUCAAAGUUGAGGUGGUUGAGAAAAACGGCAGCGGAUGGUGGUACAUCCAGAUCGAUGACAAAGAAGGCUGGGCUCCGGCAACUUUCAUCGACAAAUACAAGAAAACCAGUAACGCGUUGCGGCCCAACUUCCUCGCGCCUUUGCCCAACGAAAUGGAGCGUCUCACUAUGGAAGACAACAACCACGUCAACUCCACAGCAGACGAUACUUGGUCUAAACCGUUACCGGACGAACCUACGACCUCCGAGUCCUUCAUCAGACCCAAACUGAGAGACUGGAAAACCAAUAAGGCUUCCCCUGCUUUCAGUGGGCCAUUACCACCAGCUCCUACAGCGCCCCCUAGCGAGGAGAAACCAGCACUGCCUCCUAGAAGAGAGUCCAUUCACAAAAGCUUGGAGUUGGAGGUUGCGGAGAAGACCAAAUCUGACCUUUCAAAACCGUUGCCACCGAAACCACCUGCACCUGGCGUCAUCGUGCCACUAGUUGGCGCUAAACAGCCUCCAUUCAAACCAGAAAAACCGGCAGAGGUGAAGAAGGAAGACAAAAGCAAAGCCCUUCAUCUUCGGAACGAGAUGGGGCUGGAAUGUGGGCACAAGAUUUCUGCUAAAGAAGUCAAGAAGUUUAAUUUGAAACCAGUGCCGAAACAGCCUCCUAAACCUCGACAAGAUUCCCAAGAGGAGAAGCAGGAAAGCGCUCCAACUCCUGCAUUUAUAAAGCCCAAACCGACGGUAAAACCUAAACCAGUCCCUGCGGCUAAACCGGAAUUACCAGCAGAAGAUAAGCUGGAUAUCACCAAUCUACGAAGCAAGCUGAGACCCUCAAAAGCUGCGGACCAUAGCUCCACGUCGGAAAGCAACGGCGUAGCUAAACCAAGUUCACCCACUAGCUCCUCUCCAGUUCACAUCCCGAAUUUGAAUAACAAACCCAGCGAGGAACCGCCAAAAUUCCCUCCAAAACACGUCAACGGUCACAGCCAGGAUAGAACUUCCUCACCUCCUCCAAAACCAACAGUUCCUCCACAUAAAGAACCGCCACAAAGACCUCCCGCCAUGCAACCCAAAAGACCCCCUCCGCCGAAGAAAACCGACCCGGCAAGCCCCACCGAAUCCAAACCCAUGCCCAUUUUCAAGGAAGACGGUCCCAAGGCUCCGCAACUGGGUCGACCACCUCCUCCGAAACCUAAAGGAUUUAUCCCAAGCAAGGACGAACCCAAAGCAAACAAAGUACCGAUUCCUCCAAAGCCGCAAAUCAAAAACGACAAACCGGGACCGCCUAGCAAACUGCCGCCAUUGCUCAAGGAACCCAGUAAGGAUGAACUGUAUCUGGCCGUUGCGGACUUUGAAGGCGAUGAGCAGACAUCCGGGUUCAAAAUAGGUACGGUUUUUGAGGUCCUGGAGAAGAAUAGCAGCGGGUGGUGGUUUUGUAAAAAUGUUGGAGAGGAGGUAGAGGGCUGGAUCCCCUCGAAUUACCUCAGCAAGAAACCUUAAGGUGUGGAUGGUAGCAGGGAAGUCAUUGCAAUACGAAAAGUACAAAGUUGGAAAUCAGCACGUUUUUCUUUUCCAGUUGUUCAGUUUAAAGUCGUAGAUUCAGAAACGUUACAGGUUGUUGUAGGACUUGGGAAGCUAGACAAAAUCAUCAGAAUUACUAUUUCAGGGUAAAAUGUUGACUUCUUUCUCUUCAUCUAAUUAUUAAAGCAUUUUCAGCGCCCACGAACCCGGGAGUAAGGCUGCUGCACUGUUAGCAUGCUAGUUGUUGUUGUUGUUAGCAUUACCGUGCCGACAAAACUCAAUUUCGGUCUCUGAAAGUUAUUAGAAAAGUGGGGAAUAACUCUGGAUCGCUAAAAAGUUUCAUGUUUGUAAGACCGUAAAAAUUAGGUUCAGUGCCUUUUAAGGGGAUCAGAGUUUUUUGGCUCGUUGUAGCAGGAAGGGCAUCUGGGUUAACAAACAUAAACUCCCAAAAUUCAGUGUAGAAUGUAAAUGCUAGUUAAAAAAACGGCAUUUGACUACUUGUUCUGAACCGUUAUAUUUGUCAAACUGCUUAAUCGACGAACUGAAGUAAUGCAUCCGUUAGCAAACUAUUUAUAGGUACAGUUAUUUUAUUUUGACAAGGAUAAUCUUAAUCAGAAUAUAGCAAUAACACUUUGCCUUGUCUAGUCUUAUGUUUACUUAUUUUAAUGUAUUUUAUUUUAUUUUUUUUAGGAAACUUGCUUUUAUUGCAGUGAUACUAGCAGCAUGCCUUCUAUUAUACCGUGCCUCAAUGUUAUACGCAAAGUGCUUCAGUGCGUUCUGUCUUAGAUGUCGUCUGUGUUGGCAGCCAUUUUGUUUAGAGGAAAUUAUCGAUGACAAGGGAAAGCUGUUCAAAGCAAGCAGAUAUCUUAAAAAUAAAGACUCCAAAGUUCUGUAAUAUGCCAUAUUGUUAUCAUAGAACGCGGUUUUGUUAUGGCGCUUCAGGGUUUGUAGGUGGAAUGUAUCUUUAAGGAUCUUUAAAGUUGGUUAAGUUUGUCCUUGAAGUUGGUUCAUUAAUUGGUAAUCUCCAAAGGGUGAACGGAGAGACAGCAAGGAAUUCUGGGACUGUGCGUGAGGACGAAAAGUUUACUGGAUCGUGUUGGGUUUUAAUGUGUAAGGUUUUACAAACACCGUUAGUUCGUUGUAGACAAUUGGGCCAGUGUAUUUCUGAGUUGGUGGGUUCAGUUGUUUUAGUUACUUAUUAAAUCUACCAUCUGCAAGUUUACUAUAUAUUUUUUCACCAGUAGAUGGCAGAUGUGAGACCUGUUCCCUCGUCCCCUGGUCUUGCUUCAGGCUCAACUGCGGCCGCGUCCUAAUUCACCAAAUGUACCCUUCAAUGUACCCUUCGAUGUGCCGUUCAAAGUACCCACCUGACAAAGGGUACUCCUCUGUGUAGCCUUCGUGCCGAAAUGGGACACGGCGCGUAUUUCAACCUCUGUCUGUACGUUUGCGGAGAAUUUGGCUCCGUUGAAUAAGUGCCCAUUCUCCCACCUCAGACAGGCAAAUUCCGUCCUCUGCUUGUCGCUCCCUAAAGACAAAAGAAUAUUCUUAAAUAAGGACGAAUUUUAAACAUUACGACAGCGACACUAAUGUACAAGUGUCAGGGAUAAUUCCACUCCCCGUAAGGUCAGUUACACAUCGAUUAAACCCAAAUGAAGUCGCCUCGUACAGAUCUUCACCCACAUUUUAACAGUUUCAUGUCGCACUGUUGUAGGUGACGUAAACCAGUACUUACAUUUGAACGUGUAUUGCGUAGCGUACUCCAUUUUCCUCUCUUUUGCUUAGGCGCGGUGCAUGAUGGGAUAUAGCAGUUCGCGAAGUGUGCUCGGAUGCACGCUUCGGCUACGGUCGAUCUCCACGGAAACGCUGAGCACAUUUUCAGCCACAUUCGUUAGGUGCGUGAAAUAGGACAGGCCUUGUCGCGCCGGAAGUUAUGUACGCCCUUAAAUGCACCGUUCAAACUGCGCAUUUAAGGACACUUCGGCGAAUUGGGACACAGUCUGCGGUUUCUGGUCUUCUUCUAUCAGGCCAAUACAGACAGCGGUAACUUACAGACAUCUAGUGGUGAGAUGUGAGAAUGCAAAAGGGACAUGUCGGCCAAUCUGAUCACAAAUGGUAACUUUAAAGUCGAUAUAAAGAUACAAAAAAUGCAUUAAUUGUGAUAAAAAUGUGUUUUUUGAUUUCAUUUCUCGAAUUUCCGAAGAAGUCAUGCUUGCUCUGACAGGAAGUUCAUUGAGUUUUGGGCUUUUCAUUGCGUUUGGGGUUUUUCAGAGUUGUCGUUUAACGUUAAUCGACGCUGACGAGCUAAAACGACUUAUUACAAAACAGUAGAUUGCACACGUUCUUGCUAGUUCACUUUAUACUAACUCAGAGCGAUUACAGAUACGAGAUGCCUUCGCCAAGUAGACACGCUUCAAUAUAUAACAUGUUAUUUUUGCCAUUUAUAUUUUUAUAUUAUUAACGUAUCAGAUUUGCACUUGUAGGAGGAAGGGGAAAUGCCAAAGUGCAUUUUAGUAGUUUGUUAGACAAUGACUUUAAUCGUAUAUAUCGCCAUUUUUGUAUACCCUAAAUCUAAUAAUGUUGAAAUGUGUAAUAUUCAAACUUGAAAACAUGUAAAGACAAUGUAAAAUAUGUGUAUUGUCAUCAUAAAAGCCCAACAAUUGGAAAAUGUGGCAUGCCUCGCUAGACCGGGUAUGACAGAUUCACAUUCAUGUAACUGUGCAAUGAUCAGCAGUAUUGUAAAUGUAUAAAACAGAAGAGUUGUGCUUGUAUCUUGACAUCUCUAUGUAAAAUAUUGUUUGACAUAGAAGCUUGACUGGUCUCAAGCUAAAAAUAUCAUCCAAAUAUUUUUAUUGUAUUGUUUUUAUUGUACAGUAACUAGAGUCGUUUCGAUGAAGGGGAAAACUGCUGCAACAAAAGUGAAUAUCUGGGUUAAAAUUACUUGAAAUAUGGAUUUAAAUAUGGGAUUUUCUUGUGAGAUUGAAUUGUUAAGGUCAAGGGUGUCAACGUUUUUCUCCGAGGGACGCGUACUGAAACAUAUUUGAAGCGGAGGGCGUUGUACCUUUAAUAAAAACUUAUUUUUAGGUCUGCGUCACAAUGCAAUGUGAUGUUAUUCAGGUUAUAGAAGUAGAAUCUCUUCAAUUUCUAGUAAAAAAUAGUUCCUGAUCAAUUGGGCCAGUUUAGGAGGAGGCAUCAGGGCCGAAAAAAAUUUGUCUGAGGGCCGCAUUUAGCCCCGGGGCCGUAGUUUGGACAGUCCUGGCUUAGGUGAAGUAGAUUAUUCAGCUGGUUUAAAAAAAAAAAAAGAUCUGACUGGUUACACAUUAAGCUUAAAAUAAGAAGUAAAAUGAUAUAUUUCAAGAUAUCAAGUACCUUUUCUGGUGGUAUUGCUUCGUCUAUAAUGUUCCACAGUUGGGUAUUAAACUUGUGUAUCUCCAUGGCAGCACCAGCCCAAGUUACAGGUCAGGUCUUCUGGCUCACCGUAAGAAUGUAUGGGUUUAAAGGUGUUUUCGAGCUGUAAAACACUUAAGGGCAAGAUAAAUACGUUUAAUGCCAUAUCCUGGGACAUUUCAAGCAAAGUAAUAGCAUCUCAAAAGGUCACAUAAUGCACAUUUCAUUAGUUCAAGUGAUUCUAAAACUCUAAUCUAGAUAUUCCUUUUUGCAGAGUUGGGUUUUUGGUUCAUUUGUCCGUUCUGAAUCCACUGCCAGUUUGUUAAAAAAAUCCAUGAAAAUCAAAGCGCUACACAAUCCGACAAGGCUGUGAGCUGAAACACUGAUAUUAACUUUAAAUAUUGUCAACGUGUUCUGCUCUUUGUCGCUUUACUAAACCUGACACUACACAUGCAAAAUAAAAUAAAACAAAAAACAUGAUUUAUCGAGUCUACGAUGACUUUUAUUUUUACCAAAGACUGUUUCAAUGCAAGUUCACUGUCAGAUGUUAAAUUGUGCCAAUGUUAAGUUUCAGUAUUGUAUUGUUUUAAAAUGUGCUUUUGCUUUAUACUUUUUCUUUGCAUCUUCUUUUUUUUACU